GAGACAUAAAGAGGAGUAGAAAAUUCCAGUUCCAUCUAUCUAACUAAUCACCAGAGAUACCGACAGCUAUCCAUUCUAUAAUUUCCUCCAUAAUGCAUUGCCAUCUAGAUUCCUUGAAUUAUUGUAAUAAAAUUUUAGUAUAUUAAACUCAGAUUCACCGAUCCAAAAGGAAAAUUAAACUCAAGAUUCAUUUAUUCAUUUCAAACUAUUCAGCUCAAAAGUCUUCAUCAGUCAGUGAUCAUUCUUCCUGGUAUUAGUUCUCUCUGCCUCUGAAUUAAUUCCUAAUUGUUAAUGGCAUCUUUAAGUUCAGCUCAUGUUCGAGGAGGAAAUUCCAGUCUAUUAGAAUUUCCUAAACUUAGACGAUCAAAUUAUGGUAGAACAAGUGUCAGCAGGGUUGGUUUUAGAGUUUUUGCUUCUCAAGCAAAACAAGAACCAGAUCUAAGUGUAACUGUUAAUGGAUUGCAUAUGCCAAAUCCUUUCGUUAUUGGUUCUGGACCUCCUGGUACUAAUUACACUGUCAUGAAGAGAGCUUUUGAUGAAGGUUGGGGUGCCGUCAUCGCCAAAACGGUAUCUCUGGAUGCUUCUAAAGUCGUCAAUGUAACCCCCCGUUAUGCUCGUCUCCGAGCGGGAGGAACGAAUGGAUCUGCGAAAGGAGAAAUUAUUGGGUGGCAAAAUAUUGAGCUCAUUAGUGAUCGACCUCUUGAAACUAUGUUAAAAGAGUUUAAGCAGUUAAAAAAAGAGUACCCUGACCGUAUCUUAAUUGCUUCAAUCAUGGAGGAAUAUGACAGGGGUGCCUGGGAAGAACUUAUUGACCGAGUUGAGGAAUCUGGAGUGGAUGCCCUUGAACUCAAUUUCUCAUGUCCUCAUGGUAUGCCCGAGCGGAGGAUGGGCGCUGCUGUAGGGCAAGACUGUGCGUUAGUGGAGGAGGUAUGUGGAUGGGUGAACGCAAAAGCCAUAGUACCUGUAUGGGCAAAGAUGACUCCAAACAUCACCGAUAUUACACAGCCAGCGAGGAUCGCCCUGAGAACAGGGUGCGAAGGGGUUGCUGCUAUUAACACAAUCAUGAGUGUCAUGGGAAUUAAUCUAACUAGUUUACGUCCAGAGCCUUGUGUUGAAGGGUACUCCACCCCUGGAGGCUAUUCGUGCAAGGCAGUUCAUCCUAUUGCACUUGGAAAGGUCAUGAACAUUGCUCAAAUGAUGAAAUCAGAAUUUGCUGACAAGGAUUGCUCACUUUCUGGUAUUGGAGGAGUUGAGACCGGUGGGGAUGCAGCUGAAUUUAUUCUUCUUGGAGCAAAUACAGUUCAGGUUUGCACCGGUGUAAUGAUGCAUGGGUAUGGACUUGUAAAGAAACUUUCCGAGGAGUUGAAAGAUUUCAUGAGAAAGCACAAUUUCACUUCAAUAGAAGAUUUUAGAGGGGUUUCUUUACCGUACUUCACCACUCAUACCGACUUGGUACAUAGGCAGAGAGAAGCGAUUAAACAGAGGAAAGCUAUCAGGCUAGGUCUACAAUCCGACAAGGAUUGGACAGGAGAUGGUUUUGUGGAGGAAACCGAGAGCAUGGUGUCUAACCAAUAAUCUGUUGAUAUGUUAAAAAAUGAAUCACUUAUUCUACAUUUCGUGGAAAAGACGACAUGAAUCGUGAGGCUCUGUUAGUUUGUAACAUGUAAUUGGAUUCUCUUUUCUAAAAAUCAAUGUAGCCUAAACGGAGUUCUUUUUCAGUAGAACUUUUGAGGGUUCGAACCCCUCAUCUUUUUCUCAUUGAAUAGAUUUCUUCCUUAA